UGCGGGCCCCGGCCUGGGGAGCGGCGCCGGCUAUAAAGCGGCGGGCGGCGGCGGCGGUGGCGGCGGCGGCGGCCGGAGCCCAGGGAGCCGAGCGGGGCCGCGGGCAGGCUCUGUGUUUUCAGGCUCUUCACGAUGAGAGAUUUUGGGGUCCUUCUCUUCCCUUCUCCUUGUAGUUGAUAGUUUGGGUAGUGGAAGUGAUGCAGAAGUAGAGAUGGCUGAUAGUGUCAAAACAUUUCUCCAUGAUCUUGUCAGGGGAAUCAAGGACUCCAUCUGGGGCAUUUGCACCAUCUCCAAAUUGGAUGCCCGGAUCCAACAGAAAAGAGAAGAGCAGCGUCGAAGAAGGGCAAGCAGUGUUUUAGCACAGAGAAGAGCCCAAAGUGAGGAGCGGAAGCAAGAGAGUGAGCCAAGGAUAGUGAGUAGAAUUUUCCAGUGCUGUGCUUGGAAUGGAGGAGUAUUCUGGCUGAGUCUCCUCUUGUUUUACCGAGUAUUUAUCCCUGUGCUUCAAUCAGUAACAGCUCAAAUUAUUGGAGAUCCCUCCCUUCAUGGAGACGUCUGGUCCUGGCUGGAAUUUAUCCUCACUUCUAUCUUUAGUGCUCUGUGGGUGCUCCCCCUCUUUGUGCUUAGUAAAGUGGUGAAUGCCAUAUGGUUUCAGGAUAUUGCUGACCUGGCAUUCGAGGUAUCUGGGAGGAAACCCCAACCAUUCCCAAGUGUCAGCAAGAUUAUUGCCGACAUGCUUUUUAACCUUUUACUACAGGCUCUUUUCCUGAUCCAGGGCAUGUUUGUCAGUCUAUUCCCGAUCCAUCUCAUUGGCCAGUUGGUCAGUCUCCUGCACAUGUCUCUUCUGUACUCACUUUAUUGUUUUGAGUACCGUUGGUUCAACAAAGGAAUUGAAAUGCAUCAGCGAUUAUCCAACAUUGAAAGGAACUGGCCUUACUACUUUGGAUUUGGUCUACCCUUGGCCUUCCUCACAGCAAUGCAGUCUUCUUACAUCAUCAGUGGCUGCCUCUUCUCUAUACUCUUUCCUCUGUUCAUCAUCAGCGCCAAUGAAGCGAAGACCCCUGGGAAAGCGUACCUCUUCCAGUUACGUCUCUUUUCCUUGGUGGUCUUCUUAAGCAACAGACUUUUUCACAAGACGGUCUACCUGCAGUCUGCCCUGAGCAGCUCAGCCUCUGCCGAAAAGCUCCCCUCACCUCAUCCAUCUCCUGCCAAACUGAAGGCUACCCACUGAGCUGCCUCCAAGGGGAGGGAUAGCUUUGGGGGGAGGCACUAGUGGUGGCUUCCUCAGUUUCCCCUCACCCAGGGAAAGCAGGACUCACCCUGCCAAGGGCCUUCAGCACAUUCCCGUUGUUUUCUGUGGAAUCUGGAGUUUUACUGUCUUGUGAGUGUAGGCCAGAAUCUUUUUGACGCCAGAUGUGGAUUUUUAAUGCUGUCACGCGUCUCGAUGACUGCAGAUUUGUCUGCAGCUGUUUUCUAGCCUUUGCCAGCCCUGUGCCUGUGCUGAUUUGAACACUUUGCUUUUCUUCCCGUGCCAUCCCUCCCCUUUGCUCUGCCACCUUUGGAUGAAUGGAUUUUGUAAAUCGUGUGUGUGUGUGUGUGUGGUUGUGUUGGUGGUUAUUUUUUUGUUUGUUUGGAUUUUUUGUUUUGUUUUGUUUUGUUUUUUGGUGAAACCCACUCAUUGGGUGUGGAGGGAGGAGGAGUCUCCCAGCUAGUCCUGGUUGCUUCCUUCUGCAGCCUCCACUGUCUUUGGUUCUUGUAACUCAGGUUAGGUUUUCAUCCCUCCUACUUCACAGCAAAAAAGAAGAAAACAAGGAAAAAAAGAACCAGAAAAGGUGGGACUGGGUAGGGAAUACACCUCACCACCACGUGUAUUGGUUUGGAGAACUAAUGUGUCUCCAUCCGUUUGUUUGCAGGAGAGGAGGACAUAGGACAAUUCUCUCACUGGUACUUUUAGGGUUCCCUAAUCUCAAGGGAAUGUACCAGCUCUGGACAAGUGCCACCAUUAUUAGCACAGAAUGCCCUGAAAAGUCAAGCUUUUGCUAAGCACUGGGUACAACUUCAUUACUCAAAGAGCCGGAGGUCUGAAAUUCACUUUGUCAGGGCCACUGCCAGUUAUAUCCGGCACUUCAAGGUGAUGUUGGGUGCUGCAUGUGAUCAGGAACUACAGUAGAAAACUUAAUGAAAAACAUUAAACCUGUGACUGGAUGGUUUUUCUGUCAUUUAUACAGUAAGGUUGGGGUCCAGCACAUGUCAAAAAAUUGUACAAUAUAAAAAAUUAAACAAGUAGGAGCUUCUGGUUUCUCAUGGAAACAGGCAUACUGAUUGGUGAAAAUCAUGAAGUUUAUAAUGGUAUUUAAGGAAUACAAAGUCUUGUUUGGGUUCAGAAAAAGGGAAUUUAGAGUAAAUGGGAAGUUUAUUGCACUAAGCAUAAUUGAUGGGGAGAUGGUUCUGCAAAGUGUUGAUCUGAAACUCAGGUCUCGUCUCUUUCAUGUAGUUUAUAGAGGGGGAUAGGCUUAUGUCCACUCAUUUAGUGGUUGGUUCUCAAAAACUGAUGAGUUUGGAAUUGGUGAAUUCAUUUUUAUGUGUGUAAAAGUGUCUUUCUUUAUGUAUGUAUAUUUCUGCUGUAUAUGUUUCAUAAAGGGAGAAAGAUCAAUUUAGAUUCCAGUGUUUCUCAUGCAUUAAAAAUUCCCAUAAGGCAAGGGAAAAAUAAGCAGCUUACUCGAAGCAUUAAAUACUUUGAGGAAGGGUGGUCUGUAACAUAACUACUGUUGGUUAGCAGAUGAACUACUCUGGUGUUUUCACCAAAAAAAAAAAAAAAAAAAAAAAUUUAAAUAAAAUGCUAGAGUUGUCCACAUUUGUGGGUGGGUGAUUGUGAGUUUGUCUUACAAGGGGAAGCACAAAGUUGGCAAUUAUAUUGGUAAAGCAUAUGGUUAAAGGCAUCUUGGGUUAUUUUAAUACCUCUGGUAUGCUCCAAUAAGAUCAUUUGUGAUUUUGAUAACAUUUUAAGGCAGCAUUACAAAGAACCACUUUUAGGACCUGACUUGCUGCUAUGCAGUGAUUUGGGAGAGAGAGUUUAAGCUGUCAAGCAAUUUGGUAAUUUGAAAAGUCAAACUUUUGGAAUUUUUUUUCGCAAUAAAAUGAACCCCUUUGGAAGCA